AUGGCAGACGCAAGCUCUUUAAUUAGUACACGCGCUGUUCAAAUCCGCGCUCCGCCGAGCUUGACCAGUUGUGUGGACAUUGUUAAUAGAGCCACCGCGACUUGUCACAAUGAGAGGCCAACGAGUGGAGCUAUAAUCUCAUUUGAUUUCAAGUAUCCUUCAAGCAUAUUCUCUGUCAAAAAAGAGACAAAACCAAGAUUCGAUUUGAAUUUUAUGAUUCAAAUCGAAGAUGCGUACCAGGGGCCUGUGGACAUCCAAGCUGUGGAGGCCUACCAUUUUAACCUCGAUAAUAACAUCGCCGAAUUACUGAACGACUCAAAAAAGUUUCCUAUGUUCGAACAUUUGUCCUUUGAAGGUACAACAGUCAAAGGUCUGAUGCACUCGCCUGAUGAUUUAUGUAAUUGGGACGACAAUAACGCUAGGUUCGUGGUGCUUUCAAACGUUUAUCCAUCAAAAAUCGACGUUUCGGUAUCAUUUUCUACAAGUGAUGGAAGUCACCAGCUCAGGCGAGCUUUUAUUGGUGCUAGUCGCCCCUAUACGGCAUCAUCUCCUAACGGGGAAAAGCUUUGCGAGCUGUUACGUUGGGCAGCAGGGCUUGGAUAUAUCGAUUUAUUCAAGGCAUAUCUUGAUCUAAUACCAGCUGGACUUGAAUUGGAAGAUGCAUUUGGUAUGACACCUUUCUCGUGGGCAGCGCAAAAUGGCAGGGCUGCAGUGGUCCGACUGGCACUGCAACAAGUCGGUUCCAUUUCCGCCAGGAGAAGAACGUCUCAGGGGCCUGCUCCUCUCGAAGCUGCAGCUCGCAGCAAGAAUGAAACAAUUUUUAUGGAUUUUCUCAAAUGGCUCAAAUUUCUCGAAAAUCCAAUAACAAACGAUACAACAUCUGGGCCAGAUGAGAUUCCCGAACAUGGCCCCGACCUUGUUGAUGACGAUAUCGAACGAGAGAUUCGUUCAGCGGGUCGCAGUGAGCAGACAGUAGUCGUCCGAAGAUUAGUUGAAAUGCUCCGUGAUAGACAAGGCAAUGAGGUUAGACAAGGCGUGUGGUUAGCCAAGCGAAUGGUAAACGCAGCGAAGGAGGGAGACCUCUCUCUUGUUCAAGUUUUGAAGUCUUGCGGUGCGCAUGUCAAUUGCAAGAACGACGACAAUAUUACACCACUUAUGGGCGCUAUCAACAACAACAAAACGAAAGUUGCAGAGUAUCUUAUUUUUCAAAGUGCUAAAGAUGACAGUGCUUCGUCUGCCUUGAGAAAAGCUGUGGAAACAGGCCAACACAGUACUAUACGAGCAUUAUUACAGGUUAGACCGCCACUAGAGGAGAACCUAAAACAAGAUUUACUACGCAUUGAAGGUGUUGAUAGAGACUCAACAACUCUCAUGAUACUUAACUUGGAGAAGGGAACCGAUAAGUUAGCAACGCCCGACGAUUUGGACGAAGAAGUGGACAGGUACUUUCAUGCCACCGUGGUCGAUUUCUAUGAGAAUAAGAGCCCGGAAUUUACAGAGUAUAAUGUACAUCAGUUACUGCAAGAGUCGGAAACACCGGCAAAGUUAUUCGAGUCAAACCAGGAAUCCAGCUUCAAAUGGUUCCAUUUGCCGGCAAAUAAUAUGAAAUGGGCCGAGGUCUUGAUCAACAAAAUCUAUUACGAAGAUCCGUCGUUAGCUUAUAAAGUCCUAGAGCCAAAAAGAUGGAUAAAGAGACAACAUGAGGGAGAAAAUGGCUCCUCGCAUGCACACUUUAUGAUGCCAGCGUGCCACGACUUCCAAGUAGCCUUCGAUGAUAAGAAGAAAAAUGCACGCGAAAAGGAAGACAGACAUGUAGCUCUCUUUGUUAGUAUCAUGAUUGAUUGA